UUUGCGAAUGGUCGUACGGCAGGGCUUGUGCUGGAUAGUGGAGCGUCUCAGACAGCUGCCGUACCGGUAUAUGACGGUUACUGCGUUAGUCAUGCUGUGGUGCGAUCGCCAAUCGGUGGUGACUUGAUCGCUGAACAGUGCGGAAUUAUGUGCGACGAACAAAAAAUUGAAGUCGUACCCUCAUACAAAAUCGCAUCACGGUUACCUGUCAACGAAAAUGAGCCUUCAGUGUGGACGCAGAAGAAAAAUUUACCGGAAGUGACGAAAAGUUUCGAAAAUUAUAUGCGUAAGCAAGUCCUUGAGGAUCUAGCUAUUUCGGUAUUGCAGUGCUGCGAUACACCAAUUGAUGUGGAAUUCGCUGAGAAGUUACCCUCUUCACCGUUCUGUUUCCCGUGUGGUUUCAGUCGAGAAUUUCAAGCAGAUCGUAUCAAAAUUCCUGAAGGUCUUUUCGAUUUGAAUUAUUUGAAGAAUGUCGUUCCGUCAACGUUAAUGAACGCUUCGCAGAUAGCUUACACCAGCUGUGGAAUGUGCGAUAUUGACAUUAGACCGACGCUAUACAGUAAUUUAAUAGUGACCGGUGGUAACUCGCUGAUAAUGGGCUUCACGGAACGACUGAAUUACGAUCUGGCCAGGAAAUGUCCACCGACAAUAAAACUUCGCGUCAAUUCGGCCCCAACACCAAUGGAGCGAAGAUUUGGCGCAUGGAUCGGUGGAUCUAUUUUGGCAUCGCUGGGUGCCUUCCAACAAAUGUGGGUGAGUCGUGCUGAGUACGAUGAUACUGGCCGGACGUUAGUCGACAAAAAGUGCCCAUAA